AUGCCACAGGCAGACACAGAUGUACUGAAAACAAUGUGGCAGAUGACACACAUUUCUGGGGAAGAUCCCCGAUUACAAGCAGUUCCUAGAGAACUUUGGGCAACAGGGAAAUAUGAUGUAGGUCUGAUCAAAAAUUGUGCACCGGUGCAGAUAACACCUAAAUCGGAUUACAGACCUUGCAAAACUCAGUACCCCUUAAAGCCAGAGGCUAUUAGGGGUAUCACAUCAGUGUUUAAUUCACUGCUUGAAUCUGGAGUGAUUGUGCCAUGUGAAACCUCCCCAGUGAGAACACCUAUUUUUCCAGUGAGGAAACCUAGGCCUCUGGGUGAACCAGAGGAGUGGCGUUUUGUCCAAGAUUUGCAAGUAGUGAAUGAUGCAGUAAUUCCAAGAGCUCCAAAUGUGCCAAACCCUCACACAAUCUUGUCUCAGAUUCCACCAGAAAGCAAGUGGUUUUCUGUGGUAGACUUAGCUAAUGCUUUUUUCAGUGUACCAGUUCAUCCAGACAGCCAGUUUUCUUUCAAUGGAAAGCCGUACACUUUUACCAGAUUGUGUCAGGGAUAUUGCGAAUCUCCAACUAUUUACAAUGAAGCUCUUAAAAAUAGUCUUGAAUCUCUGACGCUGACCCCAGGGUCAGCAAUUCUUCAAUAUAUGGACGACUGCAUGAUUGCAGCGCCAUCUAAAGAGCAAUGUGAAAAAGACACUAUUGCGUUACUUUGUCAUCUAGCGGAGGAAGGUCACAAGGCGAGCUUAUCAAAGCUGCAGUUUGUAAAACAGCAAGUGAAAUUCUUGGGGCAUCUGAUAUCAGAACAAGGCAAAACUAUUGAGCAGAACAGAGUUGCAGCAAUACAAAACAUUCCAAAGCCUAACACAAAAAAACAACUGAUGUCAUUUCUAGGCAUGUGCUCUUAUUGUAGGACUUUCAUACCAAACUAUGCAGGCCUCGAAGCACCUUUGAGCGCAAUUGCUCAUGGGAAAGGCCUACAGGCCCACAGUGCACUGACUUGGACACCAGAGGCAGAAAAAGCCUUCGUAGAUUUGAAAAUGGCUUUACAAACCACCCCAACAUUAGGGAUUCCAGAUCCAAACGAAUUGUUUGUACAAACAGUUGAUGAAAAAAGUGGUUGUAUGACAUCAGUGCUAUUACAAAAUCAUGGUGGGAAAAUGAGACCAGUGGCCUACUUCUCUGCUAAAUUGGAUCCGGUAGCAGCAGGCCUGCCAAUGUGUUUAAGAGCAGUAGCAGCAGCUGAGAAAGCAGUUAAUGCUUCUAGAGAUAUUGUGGGAUACAGUGAACUAACUCUUUUGGUCCCACAUGCAGUGUCGCUUCUUCUUCUUGAACAGAAAACAGCCCAUAUGUCUGCGGCACGUUGGCUGAGAUAUCACACUAUUUUGCUUGACAUGCCAAAUGUGAAAGUAAAACGCUGUACUGUGUUAAACUCUGCAACUCUUCUCCCUACAGAAGCGGAUGGAGAACCACACAAUUGUGUUGCAGUUGUAAAUGAAAUUUGCAGUCCUAGGUCUGAUUUGCAGGAAACGCCGUUGCAGAAUCUAGAUCUUGAGUUUUUUGUGGAUGGAUCAGCCUUCAGAGAUCAGAAAACAGGCCGCAACUGCGUGGGGUAUGCAGUAGUAACACAACAUGAAACGGUUAAAGCAGAAUCAUUACCAGAGCAUCUCUCUGCGCAGGCAGCCGAAUUGGUUGCUUUAACAACAGCAUGCAGGUUAGCAAGAGACAAAACUGUCACCAUUUAUACUGACAGUAGAUAUGCAUUUGGGGUAGUACAUGAUUUUGGUACAUUGUGGAAAAACAGAGGUUUCCUGACUUCUUCAGGUAAAGCAAUCAUGCACAAUGGCCUGAUUUCUGAACUCCUGGAUGCAAUCCUGUUGCCAAAAUCUAUUGCCAUAUGUAAGUGUGAAGCACACACUGGGAAACAUGACCCCAUUUCACAGGGCAAUGCGCAAGCAGAUGCAGCAGCAAAAUCAGCUGCGCAGAAACUGAUUUUUUCAUCAGAGAACGACGAAACUUUGUGUAUGUUGCAAAUAUGUACUCCCACAGCAGAUCUCAAAGAUCUUCAAUCACAGUCUACAGCCCAAGAAAGAGCCACAUGGAGGAAAGCAGGAGGUGUGGUAAGAGAUGGGGUUUGGUACGGCCCUGAUGACAAGCCAUGUUUGCCAAAGAAAUUGUUUCAAUUCUAUGCUAAAUUGGUGCAUGGCCAAGACCAUGCGUCAAAAGGGGGGAUGUAUAACAGUGUCUCCAGAUACUGGCACACUAAGGGCUUUGCAAACUAUUCCCAGAAGUUUUGUGAGAAAUGUAUAGUGUGUGCAACAAACAACAUUGGCCGAGGCGUUAAAGUCUCCCAGAGCGCCCAUCCUCCGCCACAGCGACCAUUUGAACACCUUCAGAUGGACUUUAUUGAACUGACACCCAGUGAAGGCAAAAAAUACUGUUUGGUGAUAGUGGAUAUGUUCUCUAAGUGGGUGGAAGCUUUCCCCACUUCCAAACAGGAUGCAAGUGCAGUAGCUAAAGCACUCCUGUCUGAAAUUAUUCCUCGUUGGGGAAUCCCUGACAAAAUCAGUAGUGACAAUGCGACUCCAUUUGUAAACCAAGCACUUCGACGGGUGAGAGAGUACUUGGGUAUAGAUCUCAGACAACACUGUGCGUACCACCCUGCCAGCGGAGGGGCGGUGGAGCGAGAAAAUGGUACGCUAAAGAAUAAAUUGGCCAAGUGCUGUGAUGAAACAGGUCUAUCAUGGGUAAAGGCCCUUCCCAUUGUGUUAUUAUACAUGAGAACGAGAACUAGAGGGAGAGUGAAUUUAAGCCCAUUUGAGAUACUGUUUGGCAGACCCCCAAAUACAGGAAUUGAGCCUGGACACACACCCGGAUUAACCACAAGCCAAUGUGAAGAUGAAAUGCUGUGUUAUUGUGCAAACUUGUCCCCUGUUUUGUCUCAAAUCCAUAAGCAGGUGAAGGAAGCACUGCCUAAGGUGACACAAACAGAUCUGCACAGUCUCAAACCAGGUGACUGGGUGGUGGUGAAGGAUUUCAGGAGGAAAAGCUGGAGAGCCAGGCGGUGGCUGGGACCAUUUCAGGUACUUCUGACCACGCAGACUGCGGUGAAGGUUACAGAGAGAGCAACGUGGAUUCACGUUAGCCACUGUAAGCGGGUUCCUGAGCCAGAGGAAAAACCAACACCCGACAGCUGCAAAGAGGAAUGA